GCCAGGCCAGCGGAAGUGAAAGUAACACGUUUCCGGUGGAGCUUCACUCUAUGGUCUGCAGUUAAGACAUUUCUCGUUGUUUACUAUGAAAUAAAACAUAUCUGCACUGUUCGUGUGGUGAAAUUAACCGACGUUCGGGUCGCUAUAUACAAUAUUUGAUCCAAAUCUCGACAAAAUGCAUCGCAGAGGUGUUGGUGCUGGGGCGAUAGCUAAAAAGAAGCUAGCAGAGGCCAAAUACAAAGAAAGAGGAACUGUACUCGCAGAGGACCAGAUAGUUCAGAUGUCAAAACAGUUGGAAACGUUCAAAUCCAACCUUGAGGAGUUUGCCAGCAAGCACAAACAAGAGAUCCGUAAGAACCCCCAGUUCAGGGUCCAGUUUCAGGAGAUGUGUGCCACCAUUGGCGUUGACCCGCUAGCUUCUGGUAAAGGCUUUUGGUCCGAGAUGCUCGGUGUGGGAGAUUUCUACUAUGAGCUGGGGGUACAGAUCAUUGAAGUGUGUCUCGCCCUGAAACACAGAAAUGGAGGACUCAUUACUCUGGACGAGCUCCACCAGAGGGUGCUGAGGGGUCGGGGUAAAUAUGCUCAGGACGUGAGCCAAGACGACUUGGUCAGAGCCAUAAAGAAACUGAAGGUGAUGGGAAACGGUUUUGGGAUGAUUCCCGUUGGCGGCUCUUACCUGGUCCAGUCGGUCCCAGCAGAACUGAACAUGGAUCACACUGUCGUUUUACAGCUUGCAGAGAACAAAGGAUACGUCACUGUAAGCGAGAUCAAAGGCAGCCUGAAGUGGGAGAAAGAACGGGCGUGUCACGUGCUGGAUCAUCUGCUGAAAGAAGGCUUGGCCUGGCUGGACUCUCAAGCAGCCGGGGAGGCUCAGUACUGGCUGCCAGCGCUCUUCUCCGAGCUGACCUCUCGUGAUGUCACGCCCGAGGAGGCCAAUCAGAUGACGCCUUAGGGAGAUUUGUGGGUGGAUUGUUAUGUUGUGACUGGUGGAGGCGUUCACUGAUGUGAUGCCAGAAAGGGCGGGUUCUCCGCCUGGAGCCGAUGGACGGGCGUCACGUCAAGCGUCGGACUCGAGAAGGAGACGGUUUUUCCCAGUGGGUUGCAAAAGUAUCCACACACCUUGAACCUUCUCAUAUUUGUGACAUUACAGUCGCAAGUGUCAUUGUAUUUUAUAGGAACUCUAUAUGAAGAAAGAUUGUAUGUGCUUUUUUUACAAAUAAAAAUCUAAAAAAUGUGCUGUGUUUAGUAUUUAGCCUAAAAAUACUAAUACUAGGCUCAAUACUAAGAGCUGUAAUUACACCUGCAGCUCUGAGGAGAUUGAGAUUUUUGCCAGUUUUCUUGCCUCAAGCUCUGUCGGAUGGGAUGGAGGGCAUCUCUGAAAAACAGUUUCAAAAACCCAACUUCAAGAUUCUCAAUUGGACUGAUUUCUGGACUUUAACUGGACCAUUCUAGCACAUGAAUACUCUUUCAUCUAAACCAGGAAAGAGCCAUUGUUGUACUGUAAAACUUGCCUACAGCUGCAAAACCUACAUGACACUAGUAUGUUAAUGAAACAUAAAAAAAAUAAUUAAAAUAUUUAAAAAAAAAUGAGUAAUGCACAUCAUCUCCAGCAAAAUGACUUGUAUGACUGUUGUCAUUUAUUCUGAUAUUUAGCUCCAUCCUUCUUCCCCAUUAACCUGCUCUCUCCCUGCUGAAGAAAACUAUCCCCAUAGCAUGAUGCCACCACCACCAUGUUUCACCUAUUGGGUGAUAUGUUCAGGAAGCGGUGAGACAAUGUGGAAAAGUUCAAGGGAAGGGGUGUGAACACUUUUUUUAUCGCGCGAUUGGAUGGGAAAUUCAGUGUAAUCUUGGUGGAGGGUUGUUUUUUUUUUGUAAUUAUUGGAGAAUUCCUCUGUGUGCUAAACAUGUAAAUGUUAAAAAUGUCUUGUAUAAAAAAA